CGGGCCUAAACAAGUUCAAGAUCGGCUGGCACAGUUUGUGAAUUAAGUCCACAAACAUCGCGAGUUCUAACUAACCCGAUACUUCGGCGUUUACAAGUUUCCAGUACCGUUAGACUAUAGAAUACUAUGGGAUUAAACUGAAAAUAUAUAUUUACGAAGAGUUUGCACCGGUAUCACCCUCGACGAAAACCCAAGUUUUGUGACGGAAAAUGGCAAGAAUAAGCACGUUUAUUUUCACGAUAACAACAGUAUUAUGUUCGAUAUUACAAACCAGCAUAGCUAAAAUACCCACAAAAUGUGAAGGAGGCGGUCAACUUAAAUAUAUGUGGGGAGAUGCCUUAACGGACAAUCCAGAGUGCAUAGGCCCCAAUAACAUGCCAUACCCGACUGCAGCCAUUGAAAGGUCAUUCAGAGGAUCAAAUGUGUGGUCAGGAAGCAGCAGAAUGGGUCGAUCAAAAAAGACAAUAGACCCAUUUUUGACGAGGAAAGCCUUACUAGCAGCCCACGAAGCCAAUUCGGGGUUGGAAACUCCUACAAUAUCUAGAAUGGGAAGAGCUGUAAAUGUUACGCCAGCCAAUACUUGCAAAGGCACGCCAUCUAGAUUAUGUAAAACCCGGUACAACACAACAGCCCCAAUGUAUGGAGUGUCACUAACUUCAGGACAACCCGUCACAAUUGUCCAAAAAUUCCCCGACUUACUUCAACAGGUCGUAUUCGAGGUUUGCGAGAGUUCUGAAUGCGACGUUGUACGCGGCGAGUGCACUCAGACGUACGUCCCCUAUUUGUUCCUGGUGAUUCCCCUGGGGCCUGUAACUUUGACAGGUCAGGACUACGUCCUGGUGGAAAGCGGGUGCGUAUGCCGGCCUAAAUACGCCGCGCAGACCAAUCAGGAGGCGAGCGCCAUGUCCACCAUACCCAGAUUGUAAAACUUUCAAAAUCAGUGAUAAAUUUCAAGACUUUCAAGAAUUCCUCUCAGUAAGUUUGUAGGAUAUUAAAAUGUAUAAAUUCGUUUAUUGGCAAGGUAAAUAUGAGUUUGUGUUCAUUAUUUUAUUGCCAAGUGCUCAUAUUUAUAUAAUUAUUAAAUGUGUAAGAUAUUUAUUUUAAUUAAUGAUUAAUUUAAUAG